AUGGAUUCGUUGCGAAAAUGGUUGAACAAGCCGAAGGCUGACGACAAAUCGCUUCUGGCACGAUUUUACCAUGCCGAUCGUGCGCUGACAGCGAUUGCCAGCGAACUGGACAGUUUCGAUGGGCGUGCAGAGCCCGUUCGUUGCACACGACUUGUAAGCCGACUUCGUCAAGGACAGGACCGCGUGCUGGCGAUAACCAAUCAAAUCAUGGACGAGCUGCUCGGUGACGAUCGUGCACAGCGUGCCUUUCGCGUGAAGUUUCCCGAGGAGGUGCUGCAGGAAAGCUUGGCCGGGCAGCUGUGGUUCGGUGCGGAGUGUUUAGCAGCCGGCUCGUCGAUACUGAACCGCGAGGCCGAGUCGGCGAAGAUGCGCCCGCUCGCAAAAGCGGUUACCAAGAGUCUCGAGAUUGUGCGGAAUCGCCUACGAGAGCAGUGCCUUCGCAAUAACACUCCCAACAGUCCGACGCUGCGGCUGGACUUCAACGAUGCUGCCACCGAGCAGCUGUACGAGAGCCUAAAGAUAUUCGAUCGUCUGUUUGCCGAGUUUGAGCUGGUUUACGUCAGCGCAAUGGUGCAGGUGAAAACGAAGCAGGAGUACGAAAUGCAGGAGCUGAUCUGCGUGCUGUUCUCGGAAACGCUGCAGCGGGCAUUAAAGAUUGGUUUGCUCGAACAGGAACAGGUGGAUUCGUACGAUCCGGCGCUAAUGUUUUCUAUACCCCGGUUGGCCAUAAUCGCCGGUUUGGUGAUCUUUCGCGAUGGACCACUGAAUAUGGAUCAGCCGGCAGAUAACAUUUCGGAGAUAUUUCGACCUUUCCGGAAGCUGUUGAUAAAAAUGCGUGAUUUGCUGCACACGCUGACAAAGCACGAGUUGUACCAACUGGAGAAGCUGCUCUGCACAAACGAAGAGAUCAGUGCAAGCGAACAAUUGAUCUGUGAUGAAAAGAGUGGUGGUGGCGAUGGUGGUGGUGCCACCACCGGUGAAGGUGUACGAGAUUUCGAUGCACUCGAGCCAGUGGGCGAAAGCAAAGAGCAUGUGGUCAUUGUAACAACGACGACGAUCACGACGACGAACGCGGCCAAUGUAGCUGCCGAUGGAAAGACGGAUGUGAACGAUGCUAGUGAAGGUGAUAAAAGUUUGCAUAUAGUUAGUCAAGGUUAUGAGGUGAACACUAGCGGUGAUCUGAACGGCACUGGUGGUAACGGCAUGAACGCCGAAUGCUGUAGCACCAGCAGGGCAAAGAAUCAGCACAAUCAAAGGCAUUUGCGACAGAGGCCGGAAACGCGGCCUACCUCACAGGACUCGAAGCCAGUCAGUAGUUACGGUGGGGACGACAUACCGGAGGUUGAUGAAGACAAUAACAAUCACAUUCAGAAAGCUGCCGACGAUGAUGACGAGGACGACGAAGGUGACAACGAUCCGAACCUGAAAGAUGGGCUUGUCACUACAGACUGUGCUUCGGGAUACCUGAUACCAAACACCAACUUUGGCAAUUUAUUACAGACAAACGAGGCACCGCUUACGGACAGUUUUAUUGCAACGGACGACGAACUGCGGCUUCUCGGUACCGAAAAUUCCUCACCAUCGAAUGUGACACAAGCAAACAUAGAAAGCAUUCUGACGAGUUCCAGUCCCGGCGGUCAGCAGAAGCUGGUGGAUUCAGACUCCGGGCACGGUACGGCAAGUCACAGCACCGAUAUGUCUCCUGAGCUGGACACCGAACGUACGGUGCACGAACAAAAGAAUGACACCGCUGGUGAACCAUUGUCGACGAUUGUAGCGCAAAGCAAAGCAAACAAAUCCGUUCGAAAUCGACCGAGAAGUGGCGGCAUGCACAAGGCUCCCGAAAUCAGUGAAUCUUCGAGUGACGAAGAGGAAGCGGACGUAGAUGAGCCGGACGAUAUGGAUGCAGACGAUGACGAGGAUGAAGAAGAGGACGCGGAAAAGAGUUACACGGAGGACGUGAGGUUCAGGGUAGGUGGACCGAAGGAAAGCAUAACGUUUGAUGCCAAAGACAUCUCAGCUCGGCCUAGCUCAAGCCAAACGAAGCAAUCGCAGUAUAAUAACCAUCGCAAGCAGAGCCAUCAUCGGCCACGGGCAUCAACCUCGACGUCAUCGACAUACCGUAAACCUCAAUCGCAUCAGCAUCAUCACCAUCAUCAUUAUCACCAUCAUCACCAUCUCAAUCAUUCCUAUGCUGCAGCGACGGAAGCGACCAGCUCGGUUGCCAGCACUACCACCAGCAAGAACGGAACAAACGGAAGCACUCGCCAUAGUCGUAUGCAACAACAGCAGCAUCAGCGUAGUUCAUCCUCCAGCUGUGAUACAUCACCAACACAGAGCGAAUGCAGUGAUGUGCAGGAGGUAGUACUAGCGAUCAGAGCAGUAGGUCGAAAUAAUUUUCAAACCACUGAAAACCUUCUUCAUCGUCUGUUUGUGUGCAUUGCCGGUGUGGCUGAUCAGCUGCAAACGAACUUUGCGGCUGAUCUGCGCAAAAUGCUAAAAAGCGUAUUCAUCAUGAAUUCAUCACCGCCCGAGCCGGAAGAACCCCCGGAAGCGAACGCCAACGUGGAGGAAUCGAAAGACAACCACCAUAACCCGUCCGAUUUGUUCGAGUUCCGGGCAAGCGAACAGGACGUCAUAACGGCCGACCAGCAGAACCACAGCGGUGGCUCCAGUCAAAGCAUCUACUCAGCCGAGGAAGCGAACCCCGAGCAGGAUUCGGUGUUUGCAUCGUCGGGCGACUCAUCACCGGUGCGCCGUACGACCAGCGUAGAGGGCCGUAACGUGACGGUAAAUGUGUCCGUAUCGGUGGUGGCGUCGUCACCGAGCGGUGGAGUUGGCAGUGGCCACAGCAGUGCCGGCAAUGCUCGCACAGCCCAAGAACGGAGCGUUAGUUUAAGUGAAGCGUGCAUCGUUGUCGAGGGAGGGAAAACAACGUCCGGAACUCGUAGGCACAGUGCAAGCGGGUCCAAAAGCGAUUACGGCCGUAGUCGCAGCAGUCCAAGCAGUCCAACCAAUAGCAAUAGUAAUGGCGGUUGCGGGAAUCACCAUGGUUCCACCAACGCGACCACCACCACAACAUCCUCGUCAGGGCGAGAUUUACACAUAGAGCAACAUCAGUCACAGCGAAGGAUGCCAGAGGAGCCACCGAGGUGGAUCCCGGAUUGUGAUGCCCCACGGUGCAUGUCUUGUGCGUCGGCUUUUACACCGUUUCGCAGAAGACACCAUUGCCGCAACUGUGGUGGAGUGUUCUGUGGCGUUUGUUCCAAUCUAUCGAAACCGCUACCAAAAUAUGGUCUGACAAAAGCAGUUCGCGUGUGCCGAGACUGCUACAUUCACGAGGUUGGAGUGUAA